CGUGAAUCUUAAAUACAUGAAAAUUUGUAAUAUAAUGGUCAUGAAAAUAUACAGGAAGAAAACUUUCAGUUUCUCUAUAAAUACAAUUAAGUUGAAAUUUUUAAGAAUGAAGAUGUUCUUCCGUCACACAUCGUUAUUGUGAAUUACCAAGUAAUUGACAGCUACUUGUGUUUUAAAUCUGACAAUUUUUAUGGAUAAGAAAUGCUUGUACAAUUUAACGGGUUUGAAGAUGUGAUGCUUUUUGAUAGAUUCCUGCCUUAAUUCAAACGUGAUUUCCAGUAAGGCGUGUCUGUGUGUGUGUGCUUCAGUCUUCUACGACAACUGAACAUUCAUUGAUAACUACCUGAAAUCAUACUACUACUACUGCUACUAAAACAUACUAUUUUCAGAAAUUUUGUAUAAAGCAUAAAGCGAAUGUCUUCAAAACUCCAUAUGAAUGAGUACAUACAAAUUGUUUCUUAGACAUUCCUAAUGAAUUUGUAUUUCUGAACAUUCAUAAUGUCAUGAUGACGUUUCACAAUUCAUUGACGAAUUCAUAUAUUUUAUAGCUAACCUUUUCGGACUAACAAUUAAUAAUCAUUUUGAAACGUAAAAUAUUUCUAAUGGAUAUACAAGAAUUACAUCUAUGAAACAAACUGUUGACUGACAGACGAAUAUUAGUACAAUCAAAAUAAGGACAGGUGAUUACUUACAUAAAUAAAUUUUGUUAAAUAUGAACAGCACUAAUUACUUCCAAACAAGGAAUAGUAUCUAAGCAAUCGAUUGUGUUUUGUCAAAAUCCAGAAGUAUAUGCCGUCUAAAAAGUGGAACGACAUGUAAAAUGAUCAAUUUGUGUACAUCCGAAUAAGAAUAUUUUCAUAAUCCUUUAAAACAAUGUCUUGAACUACUAUUCAUUUUUUUUAUACGAAGACAUUGAAUUAUGAUUUGAUGGAUAAGAAACAAUCGAUUUCUACACAAAUGGAAAGUUACUUGGAUAAAUAUAAUGAAACUAAAGAGAUUGAAUCACCAUGUCAAGAAGUCAAACAACCAAAUAUAAUCAAUGAAGUAAAUGAUUUAACAACUAUUAAAUGUAUACAUUCAAGUUUACAAGAUGAAUUAAAUUUAUCAUUUUUCAAUCAAAAUCAAUCAUUAAAAAUAAAUCAUAAACAUAAUAAAGCGCCUAAAUUAAAUUAUAAUCACCGAGUGAAAAAUAAACAUUUAAAAAAUCAGUAUUCUAAUCAUGAAAUGAAUCAAAUUUCAAAUGAAUUAUCUUCUACAUCAUUAUCACCUUUACCAAAUGAAUAUAAUUCAUCUUUAUUAACACAAAUUAAACGUCAAUUUAGACAAUUUUGUGAAACAACUUCAUUACGUGGUGUUCCAAGAAUUGUUAGUACAAAAGAUUCAAAACGUCGAUUUUUAUGGCUUAUCUUUGUAAUUUCAUUUUUUAUUGGUUGUAUCACAUGUUUAACAUUUAUUAUUAGUCAAUAUUUAGAAUUUGAUGUAAUUCAUCAACCUAAAAAAUUAUAUGAUCAACCACGUCCAUUUCCAUCUGUAACAUUAUGUAAUCUACGUCCAUUUUCUACACGUGAUAUAAGAAAAUUAAAAAAAGCUGGAGUGUUACCAGUAGAUAUGUAUUUUGAAAUGUUAAAACGUUUUAUGACCAGUGUACCAAUGGAAUACCGACGUUAUUUAACUAUGCUAUGGGAUUUUUCUACCUAUUUAGCUAAUCUACCUGAUUUAGUUGAUGCAAAUAAUUUAGGUCAUACAUUAGAAGAUAUAGUGAAACGUUGUUUUAUUUUAUAUAAAACAGGUAGUGUAACAAGAGGUACAGCCUGUGAGAAAUCAGGUUAUUGGACUAAAACACAAGAUCGUGUAUUUCAUAACUGUUAUACAUAUACAAUUAAUCCAAAUAAAACAAACACAGCAUUAAACAUGGAACUUGUGGUUUAUUUGGAUAAUUUAAUUGAACAAACUGAUUGCUUUGAUUGUCAAGAAAGAGUCAUGGCAAGUCAGUUAACUGGUGCAAGACUGCUCUUACACCCUGGUGCUUCUUAUCCUCGUGUAGCUGAAGAAGGUGUAAAUUUAAUGCCAGGGACAAUGACUGAUAUACGAUUUACAGUAUAUGAAUGGUCUAUGAUGGAACCACCUCAUGGUAGAUGCAGUAAAAAUACACCACAGUUUAUAUCAUUUAAUAAUGUUAACUAUACUUUUAGCGAAGAAGCAUGUCAUGCACAUAUGGUGCAAGAAAAAGUCGCUUCAAAUUGCCAAUGUUUAACACAACAUUUACCAAUUCCAACUCAUUUACUUGGAAAAGAUUUAAGAAAAUGUCAAGCAUUCAAACUUCCAGCAACUUAUCAAAUGUUAGAUAACUUUAACGAAUCCAAACAGUUAUAUUUUAAUGAUGAAGCAGUUUCCACUUAUGCUCGAUUUGCAGAGUGUGCAGAAAAAACUGGAACAGCUAUGGAUAGUUAUCAAAUAGGCUGUAGACCAGCCUGUGUUCGAUACACAUACAAACCGAGCAUAACAGCUGCUCAAUGGCCAACCAAAACAUUUCUAACAUGGUUUGUUACAAAAUUUAUAAAAGAAAUGGAAGCAUCCGGUUAUUCACGUUUAAAAUCAACAAAUAAUGAGACAUUAACUAUAUUUAAUGAACGUAUGGAAGAAAUUCGUACACCAUUACAACCUUAUGAAAUAAUUUCUAAUUUAACUAAACAAGGUCAUUUACAAGAAGCAAUUAAAAUGCUUAUGAAUACACAAAUAUUUGAACAAAAUUUUUUAUCUAUUAUAAUAUCACGACCAAAUUUUGAUUUAGAACGUGUUGAAGAAAAAGCUGUUGUAUCAUUAACUUCAUUAUUUAGUCAAAUUGGUGGUUUAUUAAGUAUAUGGAUUGGAUUAACAUUUGUAUGUAUUGUUGAAUUAGUUGAAUUAGGUUUAAAUGUAGCUGAUGCUGUAAUUCAUUAUAAAAAAUUAAAAUCAUAAAUUUAUUCUUAUUAUUCAAUGUAUUUCAAUGAUUAAAUAUUGGAUCAUUUCAAUGUUCAAUUUAUGUAAAAAUACAAACAAAAAUGAUUAUAAUCUAUGUCUUUCUUAUAGGGAAGAUAAUAUGAACAAUAUGAACAAUUCAUAUAAUAUAAACAUAUAUAUUUGUUAUUUUGAAUUAGUUUUUAAAUAACUUUAAGUAAUUUAUUUUGAUUAUAAUACACAAGUUAUCAAUGUAAACUUUAUUAUCAUAAAAAUAAAGUUGAUAAUGAAUGGAUGAAUGAAUGAAUGAAUGAAAUCAUUGAACCCAGAUUCUUAUAAAUUAAUCAAGAAAUAGAUGAAGAAUAUAUAGAGUUGACUUUCACUUUAAUUUUCUAUUCAAUUAUUUUGUUUUGUUUGACGUUUUACGACUAUAAUAAAAUACAACAAGCAUGAAGAAUAAAAGUGUUCACAAAUGUAGAGUUUAAUGAUAUUACUAUGUUCUAUUCUAUUCUUAGUUGUUAAUAUCCUAUCUGUUAAUAUACUGUCUAUAGUUGAG